AUGGCUGAUUUGCAAGGACGCAAGGUCUUCAAGGUCUUCAACCAGGACUUCAUCGUCGACGAGCGAUACACCGUAACCAAGGAGCUCGGUCAGGGAGCUUACGGCAUUGUCUGCGCCGCCGUGAACAACCAGACCCAGGAGGGCGUCGCCAUCAAGAAGGUCACAAAUGUGUUCAGCAAGAAGAUCCUGGCCAAGCGCGCCUUGCGCGAAAUCAAGCUGCUCCAGCACUUCAGGGGACACCGCAACAUUACCUGCCUCUACGAUAUGGACAUCCCCCGACCCGAUAACUUCAACGAGACAUAUCUCUACGAGGAGCUCAUGGAAUGCGAUUUGGCAGCCAUCAUCCGAUCCGGCCAGCCGCUGACCGACGCCCAUUUCCAGUCCUUCAUCUACCAGAUCCUCUGUGGUCUCAAGUACAUCCACUCCGCCAACGUCCUGCACCGUGAUCUGAAGCCCGGUAACCUGCUCGUCAACGCCGAUUGCGAGCUCAAGAUUUGCGAUUUCGGUCUGGCGCGUGGCUUCUCCGUCGAUCCUGAGGAGAAUGCUGGUUACAUGACGGAAUAUGUUGCUACCAGAUGGUACCGUGCUCCCGAGAUCAUGCUGAGCUUCCAAAGCUACACCAAAGCUAUUGAUGUUUGGUCCGUUGGCUGCAUUUUGGCCGAGCUUCUCGGAGGCCGUCCCUUCUUCAAGGGUCGUGACUACGUCGACCAGCUGAACCAAAUCCUGCACAUUCUCGGAACCCCCAACGAAGAGACUUUGUCCCGCAUCGGCUCGCCCCGCGCCCAGGAAUACGUCCGUAACCUUCCUUUCAUGCCUAAGAAAACCUUCCCCAGCCUGUUCCCUCAGGCCAACCCUGACGCCCUCGACCUCCUCGAUCGCAUGCUUGCCUUUGACCCCUCGAGCCGUAUCAGCGUCGAGCAAGCUCUUGAGCACCCCUACCUGCACAUCUGGCAUGAUGCUUCCGACGAGCCCGACUGCCCCACGACAUUCAACUUCGACUUUGAGGUCGUUGAAGAUGUUGGCGACAUGCGUAAGAUGAUCCUGGAUGAGGUCUACCGUUUCCGCCAGUUGGUUCGCACCGUCCCCGGAGCUACCCAGGCCGGCACGCAGGCUGCUGGACAGCAGGGUGGCGGCCAAGUGCCAAUUCCCACCGGAGGCAACCAGGGAUGGAGCUCUUCGGACCCUCGGCCUCAGGAGUACGGCGGCCAAGGAGGCGGCCUGGAGGCGGACCUUGCUGGCGGCCUCGAUCACCGGAGAUAA